AACCACUCUCUCCUUCCUUCAUUUCUCUGUCUAAACGUGACAAUGUCCCUCUUCCACACGCUAUAAAUUCCACACCACAGACAACAUUGUACCAUCGCAAGCCGUCUCUUCGACAGUUUUCGGACCCGAAAUCCGAGAUGGGUUUUAGGCCCCGAGCUCUGUUCCCUCUUUUUCUCCAAGUUCUGCUCUUGUUUCUACAAAGAACGAGAGCAGGGCAUGUGUUCCAUAACGUGAGUGGUUUGAGAGGCAGAAAGCAAGUAAGUGGGUGCGAUUUGUUCCAAGGAAAAUGGGUUUUCGACGCUUCUUAUCCUCUUUACGAUUCCUCAAGCUGUCCAUUAAUAGAUCCUGAGUUUGAUUGCCAAAAAUAUGGCAGACCCGAUAAGCAGUACCUCAAGUACGCUUGGAAACCUGACUCUUGUGACUUGCCCAGGUUUAAUGGGGUGGAUUUUCUGGCGAGGUGGAGAGGAAAGAAGAUAAUGUUUGUGGGUGACUCACUGAGUCUGAACAUGUGGCAAUCGUUGGCGUGUAUGAUUCACGAGUCUGUGCCAAACUCAAAGACAAGCACUGUGAGGAGAGACUCUCUAUCUUCUGUGACAUUCCAGGUACACGCACACAACAAACACA